CACUUCACCAAUGUUCAAAAGUACCAUCCAAAGAUCCAUCCACACUUCUAUUAGAAGAUUGGCCAAGAACGACACGUCCACAAUCGACUCGUUCCGUUUGCCAUCCCAAACCUCCAUUUCUGAAUGGGAAUUCAAGUACGACUUUGUUCCCAAGGUAUCCGAGCCCAAGAUCCCUCCCAUCAGUGAGGAUGCCAUUAAACAGGACGUUGCUCAUGAAAGAAAAAAGUCCGUAGAACAAGAAAUGAUCAAUGAAGAAGCGACGACCUCCAUCAAGGUCGAAGGAAACUCAGCUGCUGUUUUUCAUGGAGGUGAAUCGGUAGCUGCCGAACCCGAGUUGUUACACGAUAGAGGCUCCAAGCCCAUUAAAAUCACCAAUGGUGGUAGGGGAACCGUUAAGGCUUCUAAGCCUGCUAACAGGGACCAGUAUAUCCAGAGCUCUGCCAACCCCAACUUGAACAAGGGAGAAGUUAGCAGUUUGGGAGAUAGUGUGGUUGACCACAAACAAGAGGAGGUCAAGCCAUCAGCAGUUAUUGAUGAUUUAGACCACGACAAUUUGCACAAUGAGGGCCAGAAGAUGAACCCGGGGUCCGGAAGCAAUAAUGUAUUGGUGACCUUGGGAAUUUUUGGUUUGGGAGCAGGAAGUUACUAUUAUUACAACAACCUGAAGAAGGCAAAAGCCUAGUGAAUAGCACAUAAACAAUAGAUAUUUAUUCAGAGAGCAAAAAGUAAAGAAUGGUUGCAUUAUCUAUGGUUUAUAUAUACAAGAAAUAAAUAUGGAUGCUAUUAAUAUUGACGAGAGGCUUCUUGACAGGCCUUCAAUUGCUGCAAGUAGAAGUUGCAGAUUUGCAUGUUACCACCGUUGUCUUCCAAACACUGGGUGAAGUUUCUGGCGUCGGCGUCACAAUGCUUAGCUUGUUCUUGGUAGUUUUGCAGUUGUUGUUGGGUCAAUUGUUGGUCUUGGUAUUGAUCAACGGGCUGAGAAGACGAGCCUCCAAAAAUCCCGCUCAAACCAGCACCAAUGGUGUGGCCAACGGCAGAACCAACGGCAACACCAGCAGCGGUUGAGGCCAUUUGACCAAACAAACCUGGCUGUCUCUGCUGAGGUUGAGAGGCAGGGUGGGCAGCCGAAUGUUGUUGAGGAUACGAAGCGGUGUGAGCCGAUCUAGUUUGGGUUCUAGCUGGGGCGGUUCUUCUUUGUCUAGCCAUUUUAAUUACUGGUUUUGUAAUGGAUAAUGAAUUAA